GAUAUGAAUAUGAGCAAGCGACACCACUUUGCGAAUGAGAUCAAUUGGAACGAAAAAACAUCAUUUGAAUUAGUCGAUGGGGAUUUUUACUUUAAGAAUCUGAGAUUAAAGUAUAGGGGACGAGCUGAGAGAAAGGGAAACACCAGCGUCAUAACAAUGAUCAAUCGGUUACAACAAGAGAAUAAAAAGAUUCCAAGUGGACGUGUUAAUACUAUUGUUAAAUGUUUACCAGGUUCACGAACAGUUGGCGAGAGAAUGAUACUAUCAGAAGAAUAUGAUCCCGAAAAGGAUAAAAUCGACACUAUAUAUUAUAUCAAAAAAUUCAAUUCGUUUAUUGGGUCAUGCCUAAAUAUUGAUGAAAAAGAAGCAUGGAGCCUCGUCAAUAGAUGGUAUAAUGAAGUUGUUAAAUCUCCACAGAUCCAACGAACACAAGAUACCGAUAACGAAGAAAGUGAUUCUACCAACGAGUCAUCAAGAGAAACUAAUAAACAAUACAAACGAACAAAGAUUAAACAUGAUA